UCAGCAGUGCACGUUAGAAGUCGUGAACGCGCACCGGAGUAGCUCAGUCGGGCGCACAUGCGUUCCUUCAGCUAGAGCUGUGUUAGGAGUGUGGUAUAAACUCGCACACAUCACAAAAUGGCGGAUUCAGAUUCGUGGGACGCGGAUAACUUCGAGCCGAAUGAGCUGCUGAACAAGUCGGCGGUGCUGCAGGACCGUUGGGAGGGAGAAGACGAGGAAGACGAUGUCAAGGAUAACUGGGAUGAUGAGGAGGAGGAAGAACAGAAGGUGGAGGAGCAAAAAAAAGAGGUCAAAGUUCCAGAGAAGAAAAAAGUGAGCAAAAUCAAAGAGAAAGAAAUUGAAAAGGAGAAAAAACAGGAGGAGCUGAGGAAAAGGUUACAGGAGACAGAGGCCAGUUCCCAGCUUACAGCUGAAGAGGAGGCAGCUGAGAAACUGCGCUUACAGAAGCUGCAGGAGGAGUCGGACCUGGCGCUCGCACAGGAAGCGUUCGGUAUAGAUGCAUCUACCACAAAUAGUGCCUCGGGAAUUGAAGCCAUGUGUCCCUCGACUAAGGAAGACUUCGUAGUUUUUGAGAAAUUACUGAAAGACAAGAUUACACCGUUUGAGAAGUCAGUGCAUUAUUCCAGCUUUUUGGAGUCGCUGUUUCGGGAGCUUUGUAUUUCACUGGAACUAGACGACUUAAAGAAAAUCAACAAUUCCCUGACAGUUCUUUUGAGUGAAAAGCAAAAGCAGGAAAAGGAAAAAGCCAAAGGCACCAAGAAGAAAAAGAAAAUCGUCCUCGCCGGAGGUGGAUUAAAAGCUAAAAUGAAAGACGACUUUGAUGAUUACGGCAACGUGGAGGGCGGCUACAAUGAUUACGAGGACUUCAUGUGACGAAGGCUGAAUCACACCCCACCCUCUCCUAAACAAGACAUGCAGCAUCCUCCCGUCUCUCAUUUUCUCUCAUCAGUGCCAUCCUGGAGUAAACUGAACACUGUGUAAACCUUUGACUUUUUUGCUUCAGUGGUCAAUACAACUCUUAGUGAAGCUGCUAUCACCAAUAUCGCUGUUUGGUGACAAAAGGAAGAUCUAUCAAAUUGCCUUGUAUUUACAACUCUGCCUCUGACAAAGACUUUAGGAUGCGAGACAUCUUUGCACAAGUGUCUUCUCUCAAUUUGCCCACAUAAGAAAAUAAUAAUAAUAAUAAUCAUAUUGCCUUAUAUGAAAUACAACAGAAAACAUGUUUAUUUUGGUUAAAAUAGCUGAUAACCUCUGUGCAACUUUAUUUACAUAAAAACAAAUGUGAUAUUCUAUGCAAAGUAAUUGUAUACAGAAUGUCUAGGUUUAAAGGAAAAAAUAUGGAUAUUUUCCUCUGGUGGAAAGUUUCCACAGAUGUAUAUCUAUAUGUGGUUGCCAGGUGUCAGCAACAUCAGAUGCACAUAACUUUUUUUUUCUUUUCCUGGGAUAACGUCAGUGCAUUUACUCAUUUACACUACAUGAGGAGCACUGGUGGUAGGUACACUUCUCAUUUUUUUUUUUUUUUUUAAAGAAUGGAAAAGCAAAAAAAGUAAGUACAUUUUAAAAGCAGUGUUACCUAUAAUGUGCUAUGGAAUUGUUUUGAAAGUGAUCUGCCUUUUUUUUCCCUUUCCAUUUAAAUGUUUACUUUGCUCGAAUGCUGGUAGAGUUCAAUUACUAGUGCAGAAGUGUGGGGCUCUGUCUUUUGAUGUAGCUUCUGCAGGCUUGUAUGAGGAAGGAGGAAGGUUAUGGGCUGUACAGAGGUAAAAAAAAAAAAUCUUCACUCCCAAUCAAUAUUUGAGGUUUUCCUUUUGUUUUUUUGGGGAAAAAAACAUGCUUCACACAAAAAAGUAAAAAAAAAAAAAAGAGUAGUCAAUGAUGAGACUCCAGUCAUGUUUUUUAAGGAUCUAAUUUAAUAAAAAGGAUUGGUCAAAGGGAAA